UCAUGUCCCGGAGCCCGGCGGGCGCACCCAGGGCAGGAACCAGACAGCCACCCUGCCAGUCAUUGUGCUGCCUUCCCAGAACAGCUUUUGUUACACCCAGAAGGUGCACCUCCAGACUUCUGGGGGGUCCUAAGCCCUGAGCCAAUCAGCAGAUGGGUGUGUGUGGUCCAGGAGCAUGGGCGGGGACCACAGGGACCGGUCGAGGUCCCCUUUCCUUGGUUAAAUAAGCAACCUAACCUUGGUUCUUCAAUGUCAGUGUUUAUACUCACCCAUCAGGGUAUAAACCCCAACCUUAGGUCACUGAUGUCAGAUAAAAAGUAGGUGCUCAGCAGGUAUCAAAUAAACGAAGGAACGAAUGAACGAACGAAUGAACGAAAUGGAAGGCCUCUGGAUGGAGUAGACUGCCAGCUUAGGAGGAUCCCGCGGUCAGUUGAGGGAGGCAGCCAACAGUGGGGCCUUUGUGGUCAGCUCCUAAAGGGGAGGGAUAUCUUGCUCCCAGGCUCCGGAACUGCGCAGAGGAAGGGGUCUGGCCCCUGGGGUUCAAGGCCGGGUCAUGGAGUUGGUGUUCUGGGCACCUCCUUCCUCCUGAAGAGGCACUGGGCAGGCAGGGUUGACAGGUUGGGUGGCAUAGCCGAGCUGACACUCACCUCCAACAUAAAACCUCACUUCAUGGAGCCUGCACCUCCAUAGCACUAGAGAGAGCUCCUGCCACUGCUGACCAGGGCUCAACCACGCAUCAAGCCAGAGAACAUGAGGCGGCCCCACAUCUCUGCCCUGCUGCUGCUGCCACUGCUGCUGAGAUCUGGGACUGAAGGGGCCAGCGCUCUGAGAGCCUGCGGGCACCCAAGGAUGUUCAACCGGAUGGUAGGUGGGGAGGACGCCUUAGAAGGUGAAUGGCCCUGGCAGGUCAGCAUCCAGCGCAACGGGACCCACUUCUGUGGGGGCAGUCUGGUCGCACCAACAUGGGUCCUCACUGCCGCUCACUGCUUCUCCAACACUUCCGACAUAUCUAUAUACCAAGUCCUGCUGGGAGCACUGAAGCUGCAGCAGCCAGGGCCACAUGCCGUGUACGUCCCCGUGAAGCGGGUGGAAUGCAACCCCCAGUACCAAGGCAUGGCCUCCAGUGCUGAUGUGGCUCUGGUGGAGCUGCGGGUGCCUGUGACCUUCACCAACUACAUCCUUCCCGUGUGUCUGCCUGACCCUUCCGUCACCUUUGAGUCGGGCAUGAACUGCUGGGUCACUGGCUGGGGCAGCCCUAGUGAACAAGACCGACUGCCCAACCCACGGAUCCUGCAGAAACUCGCUGUGCCCAUCAUUGACACGCCCAGGUGCAACCUGCUGUACAGCAGGGAUGCGGAUUCUGACUUCCAGCUCAAAACCAUCAAGGAUGACAUGCUCUGUGCAGGCUUUGCAGAGGGCAAGAAGGAUGCCUGCAAGGGUGACUCUGGAGGCCCCUUGGUAUGCCUUGUGGAUCAGUCAUGGGUGCAGGCUGGGGUGAUCAGCUGGGGAGAGGGUUGUGCCCGCCGGAACCGCCCAGGUGUCUACAUCCGUGUCACUUCCCAUCACAAAUGGAUCCAUCAGAUCAUCCCAGAACUGAAAUUUCAGGGGAAGGCCAGCAGCCAGCAGCAGCCAAGAGACCCUCGAGGUUGGCAGCCCUUGUUGGAGAACUCUGCCCCCUGCCUGGCGGCCCAUGCAGUCAUGCUGGUCCUGGUAACACUGUUUACCAUCCUCUGAGCCUGCCCAGGCCAGGCAGGUGGAACCCUACCCACUGUACAUUUGUAAAUAGUUCAUUUCCCCUA